AUGUGCGCUGCGGUAAGAUAGCUUUUAUUGUCUCACAUGCUUGACAGAACGACCACAGAAGAAAAUGGGACAGGGCCUACUUCGAGAAGCUCGCCGACCAACGGUCGAGUGAGGAGCUAGAAGCUCUGCGCAAUGCACGCAAGGAAAAAGACACGGUGAAGAAGCAGCUCUUACGACCUCGUACGGAAAUUGUAAUCUUUGCUUUUUUUACCAGUUAAUACCAAGCCAGAUACCUCUUGAAGCCAAUCUUAACAAGUCCCAGGUGAUUGCUAAAACCGGCCCAGGCAGCUCACAGGCCGGCUACUACUGCGAAUACUGCGACUGCGUGGUCAAGGAUUCCAUAAACUUUCUGGAUCACGUAAAUGGCAAAAAGCAUCAGCGAAAUCUGGGCAUGUCUAUGCGGAUCAAGCGUUCAAGUCUGGAUGAGGUGAAGAGCAGGUUCGUAUGGGUUCACAGAGAUGGCUCUAAUCCCUUUAGGUUCUCCAUGCACAAGAAAAUGAAAGAGACAAAGUCGAAGGAGUACAACUUUGAGGAAAGAGUGAAGCAGAUUGCCGAAGAGGAGGAGAAAAUGAAGGCGUACAGGAAGGAGAAGAGGAAGGAGAAGAAGCGCAAAGCAGAUGGGGACCUGUACGAAGAAGACGAAGAUGUUGCCGCCAUAAUGGGAUUCGGCGGUUUUGGUCAUUCUAAGAAACCGCGAUGA